CCCUCCUGUGACUCUCAGUUGACCACAUUUCUUAGGGACACAGCUGAAAGGUUCAAGUGCAGAACUGUCUCACAGCCUCAUUUAUGAAGUUUUGGCGUUAAGAGCUAAUGUCAAAUCAGAGGAACCAUGAACUAUGUAAGCACAAAUCCUGAACCAUCAGACGAGGCUACAUUUUUCCAGCCUUCAGCUGUCCAGUGUUGGUGCUUCUUACCUAGAGCCUGGGCCUCUUCAGUGAGACUAGAUGGGAAAACAGUGAUAAUUACUGGUGCCAACACAGGAAUAGGCAAGGAGACAGCACGGGACCUGGCCAAAAGAGGAGCUCGUGUUAUCUUGGCCUGCAGAGACGUGGAGAAGGCAGAAGCAGCCCGGAAGGAACUUGUGGAAGAUUCUGGAAAUCCAAAUAUUGUGGCAAAAGAAAUGGACCUGUCAGACACAAAAUCAAUCAGAGAAUUUGCGGACAUUAUAAAUACAGAAGAAAAACAACUUAACAUCCUAAUCAACAACGCUGGCAUCAUGAUGUGCCCAUACUUGAAGACAGCAGAUGGCUUUGAGAUGCAGUUUGGGGUCAACCACUUGGGGCAUUUCCUGCUCACCUACUUGUUACUGGACUUAUUAAAGCGGUCUGCCCCUGCCAGGAUUGUAAAUGUGGCCUCUGUGGCCCACACUUGGGGCAGCAUCCGUCUGGACGAUAUCAACAGUGAGAAGAGUUACGCUCCCAGGAGGGCGUACGGACAGAGCAAACUAGCUAACAUCCUCUUCACACGCUCACUGGCCAAAAGGCUGAAAGGCACUGGUGUGACGGUGUAUUCACUCCAUCCUGGUGUGGUGCGCUCAGAUCUCUGGAGGAACCUCAGUAAACCAAUACAGGCUGCAGUGAAGAUCCUCACCCCCUUCUCCAAAUCAACCACACAGGGGGCUCAGACCUCCAUUUACUGCUCUGUGGAGCCACAGCUGGAGAGGGAAAGCGGAGGAUACUACAGUGACUGUGCACCGGCGAUAUGCUCCAGAGAAGCGUCUGAUGAUGAAAUGGCUCAGAAGCUGUGGGAGCUCAGUUGUCACAUGCUUGACAUUAACUGGGACUGACACACAUUGUUUAAAGGCAAUUUCACUGUAACAAAAUGAGCAAUGGUAUCUUAGCAUUAAUAUGAACAUAAAGAAAAAGAAUCUUUAUUUUUGCACACAUGUAAUGUACAAGUGUAUUAAUUUCACAAAUAAAGUACAAAAUCACAUUCCACAGUAA